UUUACCUUAAAUGUUUCACCAAACAUCGGACUUCUUUUGGGUAUAUCUUCAAACUGCGGAUUGUUUUUGUAUCUAUUUUGAGUGUUUCCUAAAACAACUGUGAACUUUAGCUUAUGUUUGUACAAACUUAUAUAAAUAUAUGGUAUUUAAACAAUUAUCUGUCGUUAUACCUCUAGGAAUGCAUUAUUGAAGCAGUACAUAUUGAGUACGUGUAUCACGAUUUACUUCCUGGUUCAAAUGUUUAUAUAGCGACGAUAAUAUUUCUGAUUCAAUUUGAGGAAAGGCACAAAGUGGACUCGCUGAUCUCCCUUUCAUACCAUCACCGAGAACGACUUGCUGCCAAUCCUUGAGCUAACUAAGGCAGCCAAUGGACCAAGUCCCAGGCAAGAAACUCCAGGUAGAUGCCUCUGCCCUGGACAUAACCUACUGCCAGCCCUGCUCCCAAGAUGAUGAAUAUAUCCCAGCCGAGGCCUACUGCACUGUCUGCAAGGAGUUUAUGUGCGACACCUGCACAAGCGUUCACAAGAAACAAAGAAUGUCAAAGUCCCAUACACUUCUUGACAAGAGCAGCAUGCCUACUACCAUGCAAGGUUUUACAACCAAAGAAGAGAGCAAAACACCUUGUGACAUUCACCCUGAAGAAUGUAUUAAAUACUUCUGUCCGACCCAUCAAACACUUAAUUGUGGACAUUGUGUAGUUCUUGAACAUCAAUCUUGUAAACAGGAAAUCAUUUCUAAAAUUGCUAAAGCCUUCAAAGAGGGCAAGGCUUAUAAAGCCAUCAAACAGGUUAUUGUCCAGUUACUGAAAGACAUUGAUGCGUGUGCAUCUAAUGUUGAAGAAAACACUAAGCUCGUAAAAUACAUUGGAGAACAGGAGAUUGCUAAAAUAAAGAAUUAUCGAGAUCAGAUCAACAAAUACUUUGACGAACGUGAACAAACACUCCUUGAAAUCAUUGCCGAGGUGAAACAAAUGGAUGAAAUACUCCUAAAGUCACUGAAACCCAAAUGUGACAACCUUAAGGCCCAGGUCGGUGAAAUUAAAGCAAAACUAGAAGCCCAAGAGAACAACACUAGCCAGUUGUUCAUUGAAGCCCAUAUAUCCAAGAACUUGCUGGAGGGACUGCAAUUAAGUCUUGCUGAGAUUAAGAAGAAUAAUACGAUACAACAGUAUCAGAUUAGGAAAGACCCCGGAACUGAAAGUUUGCUCGGUUCCAGGACAGGCCUUGGCACUUUCGAAGAGAUUGAUACUUCACAAAAGCUAGGUCAAAGAUGUGGGCAUUCGAGGAGGUCCACAUCACAAAGUGAAGGCGAGAAGAUACCUGCAACAUCUGAUCCUGCUUUCAACGUAAAAGCAGUUAGGGACGAGAAUACCACUACAUCUGAUGCUUCUUCCAACACACAAGUCGUCGCCGACAUCCAGGCUACCAAACAAAAAAAGAAGAUCAAACCAAUUAAAUAUGUUUCGUGAAAUACUGCCAAACACAUUAUCAAUACGAAACCUGUACAGAAUUAAAUCCCACGCAGAUUAUAUAGUCAUGAGCGUGACAUCUUAAUGUGUUUUCAUUCUCUCAGCCUUUCAAUGUCCAUUGUUCAUACAUUUUGCUUAGCUAAUGGAAUAUGCUUAAAACGACCAAUCCAUUCUAUAACUUAUAUUUUCAUGUUGGCCACUUCGUAGAGAAAUAAAUGCUGUAUUUUUGUUCAAACUGUAGUGAAAUCUCAGUGCAUUCGUAGCUCCAUCGGGCAAAUUCGUACAGCCAUCAUAUAGGCGGUCUGGAAAAUUCGUUGGUAAUCGAUAAUGACAUUCUUUUUUUUCUAUGACAAUUCAGUAUAAGUACUAGCCGUCUAACCGUAAUAGACCUUGGCAUAUAUACAAUUGUAUAGAAUAUUUCCAGUAGUCGUACCAAAAACGUUGGUAUCCAUACUUCCGUCGUUGUGCAAUCGUCAUUACUCGUAUAAUGCAUGGCCCUUAUCUUACAACAAAGCAAUUAGAUUAAGACGGGUAUGAUUGAUCGGGGUGAACCGUAGCCUAAACCGUGAUUAGAGACAUGCUUAUACAUAUUGCAUCAUUUAACGAACACAGUUUAUUUAAUUUACGUACGCAAAUAUAUUACCUCAACAUUAAGUUAAUAUGCAUUUAUAUAUUAUUUAUAACAAUACUUACGGCGCAGGAGUGAUAUAACCCCAUGCAAUAUUUUUCAUAUAUAACUAGUGUAGUAACUAUGCAAAUUAGGUAACCGCAUCACAGAAAAAUGUAUUCAUACGAGCUGUAAAAACGUAAACAAACAUUAGAAACAAUGUGGCAAAAGAAAUCCUAUCGAUCUCAACAUACUCAGCUACACGAUGAAACGAAUGGUGGAGAAGGCUGGGCUUAACCCAAAUAAACAGGUCACCCUGAUCACAGCGCCAGAAAAUUUAUCGUCCAGGAAUUGAAUCAUGAAUGACAACAAUGUUCCUGCGAACCAGAUUAUGCAAAUAUCGGAACACAGGAACAUUGCAUCUUUAAAAAACCAUAGACACAUAGAUCCAAAUCAACACAAGGAAAUACAAACAUCCUGUACUCCAGAAAAUACCUGCACAAUGCUCAUUCUAUGCACUCAUUUCGCCAGCAAAGUUCACACAGUCACUAAUUCCACAUGAAAUCUCACUUUUUCUGUCGGAUUUUACAACAUUUAUGGUGCUCGUGUUCACGGAGUAAAAACUCAUUGUGCAAGUCCAUCAAACUAACCAUAAUCCAUAGUGUAAUCCAACAGCUGCAAAGCGAAUUCGCACCAUUGAAAGCGACUUAGACGCUGACUAACGUUCUUUUCAAACUUCAACCGCCAAAUGACAUGUACACACUCGCGCGAUUACUAAUUACGUCACGCAGUUCUGACAUUGCUCUUAUUAUUGAUUUGCUUGAGUUAAAUGGUUUGAAAUAUGUAUUUUUUUGUUUUAAGUGAAAUCUCUGAAAAUCGGUUGAUAAUU